CUGCCAAUCCCUCCACUGGCCUCCACUCAGUGUCCUCCACCCCUCUCUGCCAAUCCCUCCACUGGCCUCCACUCAGUGUCCUCCACCCCUCUCUGCCAAUCCCUCCACUGGCCUCCACUCAGUGUCCUCCACCCCUCUCUGCCAAUCCCUCCACUGGCCUCCACUCAGUGUCCUCCACCCCUCUCUGCCAAUCCCUCCACUGGCCUCCACUCAGUGUCCUCCACCCCUCUCUGCCAAUCCCUCCACUGGCCUCCACUCAUAUCCUCCACCCCUCUCUGCCAAUCCCUCCACUGGCCUCCACUCAGUGUCCUCCAACCCUUUCUGCCAAUCCCUCCACUGACCUCCACU